GCUUUGAAAUAGUGUUGUUUCCCUUUUCCGCCGACGCAGAGCUCUAGGUGCAUCCAGCCAUUGACGCUCACCGCUCGUUAUCAAACAGAGUCGACUCUCCCACACCACUCUGUCUCUUGGAAGUCGCGAUCUACUCCAUUCCCACCAUCUGCUCUUGUCCCACAGAUUGUGCGACGAUCCCAGGGCAGCCCCUGGUGUCUUCCGACUCAGACGAAACCAUGGCUCCCGAAGGAUCGCUCGGUGGAUCUGUAGGUCAAGAUGCCGUCGUCUCGCGACGCGGCGUCGCUGGCACAGACGGAAACGGGGAAGUCUCUAAAAAGGACGCGCCGCCAUUCGAGAACACGGAUUUCACCGCGACACGUCAAGAGUACCUCUUCAAGCCGCCGGGCUGGAUUGACACGUGGCUCGUGGGGCAGCUAAACCACCCCAAGGACGCGCCGCUGGCGUACUUAACCCUCAACAUUCUCUGCAUGAGCGUGCCGGCCGCUCUGGCGGUGGUGUGGAUAACGACGCCCGGGCUUGGCGAGGUGGGCGGGUGGAAGGGUAACCUGAUCGGAGCGACGUACAUGGUGCUUAACUACGUGAUCUUCAUGCAGCGCUACAUGCUCGGCCUGCACUUCUCCGAGCACCUCCUGAUCUACAAGAAGACCUUCGCGGGGCGGUGCCUGCAGAACGUGCUGCCCACGUUCGUGUCGGUACUGUUCGGCAUCGCACCGGGCUUCUACCGCCUGCACCACUGUAUCAUGCACCACGUCGAGAACAACCUGUACCCGAACGACCUCUCGUCCACGGAGCCCUACCAGCGCGACAACUUCCUGCACUUCGUCGUGUACUGGGUGCGGUACUGGCUGCUGUCGCCGUUCGAGAUGCCGCUGUACGCGUUCCGCACGCGGCGCUACGGCAUCUUCGCCAAGAGCUGCUUCUUCCUCUCCGUCUACGCCUCCUCGCUCUCGCUGCACGUCGUCGCGCCGAUCGCCGUGCGAUGGAUCCUGCUCAUUCCCUUCUGCCUGACGUCGUUCCUCAUCAUGUUCGGCAACUUCAGCCAGCACAUGUUCAUCGACCCCAGGAAUUCGCGCAGCAACUACGCCCUCACGUACAACUGCAUGAACGCACCUGACAACCAGAAGACGUUCAACGACGGCUACCACAUCCUCCACCACGCCAACUCGCAGAUCCACUGGCUGGACCUGCCGCACCGCUUCAUGGAGACGCUGGACGUGCACGCGAGGGAGGACGCCAUUGUGUUCCGCCACCUGCACUUCAUGGACGUCGGCAUGCUCGUCUUCACCGGCCAGCUCAAGAAGCUCGCCACCUACUAUGUGAACAUUGGGCAGCCGCAGCGGUCGCAGGAGGAGCUGGUAGCAAUGUUCAAGGAGCGCCUCAAGCCCAUCAGGGCAGGCAAUGCCGGCAAGGGCAAGGCACAGUGAGGGGGGAGGGGAUGGGUUAAUGAAGUGGAGUGAGGUGGUCCAAGGACGUGUAGUGAGGGGCGAAGGUUGCUGAUUUUUGGGGAAGAGGCUGGAGUGUGGCCGUGGGGGGUGAUUUGGUCUUGGGGGGUGCUUGGUUGACUUGCAUGGGGCAUUAUAUAUACUAGCAGUACACCAGGGAGCCAUGCCAGUUUGUGAGAUAGUUUCUGACUGGUUUUAGCCCUUGGCAGUACGUAUCACAGCAGCUUGCACUGAAGCAGCUCAUACUGGUAGGCUGAUUUUUGCAGUGCUAUCUAUUUCUUAAGCUUGCUAUAGAUAAUCGGUGUGAAGUGUAGUGGACUGUAAUGAAGAGGCCUCAAGAAGUUGUAUUCGUCAGGGAAGAAACAGGAGGACAACUACAUGAAUGACGA